AUGGCAUCGAGUUCUGCCCAUUCAGUGAACAUGAACAAACAAGAUGAAAGGAAUCUCAAGCAUGUUUACAAUGAUCAUGUUAAUACAGAUAUGACGUUUACACAGUUUCGAGAUUUAUGUUCAAAAGAAGAAGAAGAAGAAGACUUUGAAUCAUCUUUUAAGACUGCCAUUAGUAAAGAUACACCUUUCAACAAAUCUAUUUAUAAUGAUGAUGUAACGUUUUAUGAUCCUAUUUAUGAAGAAGAAGACAUGCAAAAUUUAUCAAAAGAAAAUAUAAUUGAUAGAUUGUCAAAUCAAGAGAAUCAUAAUGUUAUUACUAAUGAGCAAAAUAAUAAUAUACUUAAUGAUGACUUUCAUGAGCAAGGCAUGUACGAUAUUAAAGAUGAAAGUAAUGUGGUUAAUACUGUGGAAGAAGAUUCUGAUAAAUUGACAAAGAAAUUUCUACAAAUGUUGGACAAAAAUAGAAAACAAUAUAUUGAUACAGUUUAUGGAGUACGUAAACUUCCCGACGGUACAUAUAUGAUUGGUAAUACGCAAAUUGAUUUUGAAGGUUCUUACAUUAACCUAGUUGGGAAGAAAAAAUAUUCUAAAACGGAUGGAUUAUUAGAACUCAUAUUCCGUCAAAAACCUGAUCAGAAGUUAACAAAUGCUAAUGAUUUCGUAAACUAUAAAGAAAUCCUGCGUAGUACGAAUGCAUAUAGAAAGAACUAUAGUCCAAAUAAACCUAUUCGUAGUAAUAAGACUUUCAAAUAUACUAAUGUUAUUGCAAAACUUUUGCUCAAAUCUGGAGAUUCUUAUUUGAAGAGAAAAACUCAAUUACCACAAUUUAUGACGGUGAAGAAGGAAUCAUAUCCAGACUAUGUCUAUUGGGAUGAUCCAAACAAGAUUGUUGAGCGUCUACGCUUACUUGUCGCAUCACAACAGGCUGGCAAUUCAAGUCAUAACAAUGAAAUUAUGUCAAUAAUUGAAGAAUUACGGGAAGCUCAAAUUAUAUAUUAA